AUGGCCAUCCACUACCCCAUGGCUGUGGGCCUCAACAAGGGCCACAAAGUUACCAAGAACGUAUCGAAGCCGCGACAUGGCUGCUGCCAUGCGCGCCUGACCAAACAUACCAAGUUUGUGAGAGAUAUGAUCCAGGAGGUGUGUGAGUUUGCCCCUUUUGAGAGGCAGGCCAUGGAAUUGUUAAAGGUCUCUAAGGAUGUGAGCCCUAAAGUGGGAACUCACAUCCAAGCCAAGAGGAAGAGAGAGGAGCUCAGCAACAUCCUGGCUGCCCUGAGGAAGGCUGCUGCCAAGAAGGACUAA